CCUGCAGUAGGAGCGGAACACCGCUUUAUCGCCAUUUUAGACAUCGGCGAGGCGAGCCACUGAGCUAUUAGUUUCUCGAGAGCAACGUGAUCGAUGCCUGCAAGCUAUGCCGAUUAUGUAGUGUUUUAUAUUUAAUAAAAAUUGCUAUCACGUUAUUUGACUGUUAAUCUAACUGAUAUACCACCAUUAACGUAGAUACUGUUCCUGCCAUGUCGACGGAGGGAGCAGCCGACCAGGCGGCAGAGUAUAUUCCUGAGAAGGUGAAGAAGGCAGAGAAGAAGUUGGAAGAAAACCCAUAUGACCUUGACGCAUGGAGCAUUCUGAUUCGAGAAGCACAGAACCAACCCAUAGAUAAAGCAAGGAAGACGUAUGAGCGACUUGUCUCACAGUUCCCAAGUUCUGGCAGAUUCUGGAAACUGUUCAUUGAAGCUGAGAUCAAGGCUAAAAACUAUGACAAGGUAGAAAAGUUGUUCCAGAGAUGCCUAAUGAAAGUGUUGCACAUCGACCUGUGGAAAUGCUACCUCUCAUAUGUUCGAGAGACCAAAGGGAAACUCCCCAGCUACAAAGAGAAGAUGGCCCAGGCGUAUGACUUUGCACUUGAUAAGAUUGGGAUGGAGAUUAUGUCCUAUCAGAUUUGGGUGGAUUACAUCAAUUUCCUGAAAGGAGUUGAGGCUGUGGGCUCAUACGCAGAGAACCAGCGAAUCACUGCUGUGCGAAGGGUGUACCAGAGAGGCUGUGUGAACCCUAUGAUCAACAUUGAACAGCUGUGGAGAGAUUAUAGCAAAUAUGAGGAGGGAAUCAAUAUCCACUUGGCUAAAAAGAUGAUUGAAGAUCGAAGUAGAGACUACAUGAACGCCAGAAGAGUGGCUAAGGAAUAUGAGACAGUGAUGAAGGGACUAGACAGGAAUGCUCCCUCAGUACCACCCCAGAACUCUCCUCAGGAGGCACAGCAAGUGGAAAUGUGGAAGAAAUACAUCCAGUGGGAAAAAAGUAACCCGUUGCGUACAGAAGAUCAGACGCUCAUCACAAAGAGAGUGAUGUUUGCCUACGAGCAGUGCCUGCUGGUGCUGGGACACCAUCCAGAUAUAUGGUAUGAGGCAGCACAGUACCUGGAGCAGUCCAGCAAACUACUGGCAGAGAAAGGGGACAUGAAUAAUUCAAAGCUGUUCAGUGACGAGGCAGCGAACAUCUACGAACGUGCCAUUGGGACUCUUCUAAAAAAGAACAUGCUUCUCUACUUUGCGUUUGCUGACUAUGAAGAAAGUCGCAUGAAGUACGAGAAAGUCCACAGCAUUUAUAAUAAGCUGCUUGCCAUAGACGACAUUGAUCCCACGCUGGUCUACAUCCAGUAUAUGAAGUUUGCCCGAAGGGCAGAGGGCAUAAAAUCAGGUCGCACCAUCUUCAAAAAGGCACGAGAAGAUCCACGCACACGUCACCAUGUGUACGUGUCUGCAGCGCUGAUGGAGUACUACUGCAGCAAAGAUAAAUCAGUGGCCUUCAAGAUUUUUGAGCUUGGUUUGAAGAAAUAUGGUGACAUUCCAGAGUACAUACUUGCAUAUAUUGAUUACCUCUCACACCUUAAUGAGGAUAACAACACCAGGGUUUUGUUUGAACGCGUCCUCACCUCAGGAAGCUUAUCCCCAGAAAAGUCAGGUGAGAUCUGGGCUCGGUUCCUUGCCUUUGAGAGCAACAUAGGAGACCUGGCCAGUAUUCUGAAAGUAGAGCGCCGGCGUUUCACUGCGUUCAAAGACGAAUAUGAGGGCAAAGAAACAGCCUUGCUCGUAGAUAGAUACAAGUUCAUGGACCUGUAUCCCUGCUCUACCAGUGAACUCAAAGCCCUGGGAUACAAGGAUGUGUCUCGUGCCAAGCUGGCAGCACUGCUUCCAGAGACUGUGGUAGCCCCCUCUGUGCCUGCACUGAAGGAUGAAGUUGACCGUAAACCUGAGUACCCCAAACCAGACACCAAUCAGAUGAUCCCCUUCCAGCCACGUCACCUUGCCCCUCCAGGUUUACACCCUGUCCCUGGUGGAGUGUUCCCAGUCCCCCCCGCUGCUGUUGUCCUAAUGAAGCUGCUCCCUCCACCUACGUCCUUCGCUGGUCCUUUUGUCCAAGUAGAUGAGCUCAUGGAAACUUUCAGGAGAUGCAUACUUCCUGAAACCGUUGAUGCUGCUGUAGAGCUGAUCACUGGCAGACAGCCGGAUGCAGGCGGGGAGGGCAACGGAUCCAUGGAGAACCACACCAUUGCCAAGUCGCUCAAGAGGCCUAAUGCAGACUCAGACGAGGAGGAUGACAAGGGAGCUGUGGCUCCGCCCAUACACGACAUCUACCGUGCGCGCCAACAGAAGAGGAUUCGAUAAGCUAAAACAUACAGAGAACCCUUCAGAAUGUAAUCUUAACAGGUGGUCAUAUAGGAUAAGUGUACACGUCCACGUCACAGAUUAUAUUUCACAAGCAGACAAACAUGCAUACAGUAUGCACACCUGAGUGUUUCUGUGGCUUUGGUUUUUGUCAGCAGUUUUUGUUUUUAAAGACUGACCAUUAUACUGUACAAAAUUUUUAAUUCAACCGUGGACUUUGACACACAUCUCAGCUUUUGUUUGGCCUUGUUAUGUCCAAAGGAUGGAAAUGUACAAAACCUUUUUUUUUUUUCUUUUUUUAGAUAACUGAAGGAAACAAUGUUCCUUUCAAUAAAAAGUGAAAAAGAACUUAAACCAACUGUGUUU